AACAAAAUCUAUCAGAUUGUGUUAACAAACAUGGGCAAUGGCAAAGGUUGGGCUCAUCCAAUACACAUGCAUGGGCACAGUUUUCAUGUUGUCAAGAUGGGCUACCCAACUUAUGAUCCAGAAACAGGUAGAGUUGAACGCUAUCUAGAGAUCUAUAUCAAUAGUGCUAUUGUGUAGAUGAACUCAUUUUGUACACACACAGCCUCACAGACACAAACAUAGGCCCAUAAAUGUACACAUAGACUCAAAUACAGGCACACACAUAGGCGCGCACACACACGUAGGCACACACACACAGGGGCUCGCACACACACACAUACACAGUCACACACUCAGGCACAAAAUAUAAGGUUCACAUAAGUUACACAUACAGAUAGGUACACACACACACAUAAAUAACUACACACACCGUCACAUACACCGAUAGGUACACAUACAGGUACCUACACACAGGCGCACACACAUAGGUACACACACAGGCACCUACACGCUGGCACACACACACACACCUAGGUACAGGCACACACACACCUAGGUACAGGCACAUACACAAAACACAGGUUCACCUAAAGGUUCACACACAUGCACACUGAUGUGAACGCACAGAGGCGCACACACACACUUAUGCACACAUACAGAGGCACACAGACACACAAGUUGAUUUGAUCUAAAUCCUGACGUCAUCGCUCAAGCACUCCGGAAUAAUUGUUGUAGCCUCUGCUCCAUCUCUGCUCCGUACAAAUUACUGUCACCUAUGCUCAAGUACUGUUCUGGACCAAGUGUUGUCACUUAUUCUCCAGCACUGUGCUGGACCAAAUAUUGUCACUUAUGCUCAAGCACUGUUCUGGACCAAGUGUUGUCACCUAUGCUCAAGCACUGUUCUGGACCAAGUUUUGUCACCUAUGCUCAAGCACUGUUCUGGACCAAGUGUUGUCACCUAUGCUCAAGCACUGUUCUGGACCAAGUGUUGUCACCUAUGCUCAAGCACUCUACUGGACCAAGUGUUGUCACUUAUGCUCUAGCACUCUUCUGGACCAAGUGUUGUCACUUAUGCUCAAGCACUGUUCUAGACCAAGUGUUGUCAACUUUGCUCAAGCACUGUUCUAGACCAAGUGUUGUCACUUUUGCUCUAGCACUCUUCUGGACCAAGUGUUGUCACCUAUGCUCAAGCACUGUUCUGGACCAAGUGUUGUUAUCUCCGCUCCAUCCAGCGCUCCGGACGAAUUGUUGUCACUUCCGCUCCACCGCUCUGAGCUCCCGUUUAAGGCUGGUUAAAGGGGAGAGCUUAUAAAGUUCAAUACUCGAAGGUCGAGAUUCUAUCUCUUAGGACCUUGGCCGUGAAACAUAGCCCAGUAGUCCCUGGGGACUCCGGCCAUGCAACUCGGCCCAAGUAAGGUGGGGUUGGAACAGCUUUGCUUCCUCUCCGGAGAUGACGUUGCGUUGCCACCACCACCGCCCGGGAGCUGUACGUUUUCCUUGGUAUGGGACGGCUUUACUUCCACUCCGGGAGCAGUCACGAGCUUAACUUUCUCCCACCGUUCCCAAGAGUCGUACGAGCAAGUUUGGUUCCCAACGAGUUGUUUCCCUCCGGCGGGCGUUUCGUUGCCUCAAACCCGCGUUUCUCUGGGAGCGUUCCGGACAGGACUGUGAAGGGUUAGAACGGCCUUAACUUCCUCUCCGGGAGAGGCGUUGCGUUACCUCAACCCACGGCUCUGGGAGUUGUUCAGACUGGACGUGGCGAGGACGAAACGGUCGCCUAGGGGUGGCUUUCUCAGGGCCGCGUCUUUUAAUUCACUGGCAAGGGUUUGGGCGGCCACCCACUACCUCAUACCCGUCACCGGCAACACGUAAUCAUGUUAGCGCUUAACUUCCGUUGCGUUAGAAAUCAUGCGUUUUGCAGUGUGUGAUCUUUGGCUUCCGGAAGCAUGUCCGUACUAGUCUUCCGCGCUGCGUAGAGGCAGAUCACGUGCGACAUUGCCUCGAGCAUGGCAAUGUGACUUUCCCUCAACCCAGCAAGCUGUCUCAAGGGAAAAGUCGAAGAAAGGGGAGAGCUAAAUGUUUCUAUAAGUGUCCAUUACCCAUCUUAAUAACUAGGCCUUAGAAAUGCAUGUUCCAGCAACACGUUACAAAAGUCUUUAACACCGAGGCGAGGCUUCUCGUGAACGAGCUUGGCAAACCUUGUUAAUUAUAUCACCGCGUUCUUUGCUGCAGUUCGUUAGUUUCACAGAAUGCCAUAGAACCAAGCACCUAGCAUUGAUGAUUUUAUUGUAACUUGACUUUUGAAGGAUGAUGUAUAAUGACGAGCUGACGUAUGUCUUAAGCAGUCUUGACGCUAUGCAUCGCUUCUCCGUCGAUGUCUUUGUACAAGAGGUUCUGAUUCAGAAAAAAAAACAACAAACAGUCAAUCGAAGAUCUUCGUAAGAUAAAAAUGGAUGUGUUGAUAAUUAACUUUUCAGAUUAAUUGAUAACGUCAUAUUGAUUGAUAACAUUGUCAUAUUGACUGAUAACAUUGUAAUAUUGAUUGAUAACAGUGUAAUAUUGAUUAAUAAUGGUCAUAUUGAUUGAUAACAUUGUCAUAAUGACUAAUAACAUUGUCAAAUUGAUUGAUAACAAUGUCAUAUUGAUUGAUAACAUUGUCAGAUUGAUUGAUAGCAUUGUCAUAUUGACUUAUAACAUUGUCAUAUUGACUGAUAACAUUGUCAUAUUGACUGAUAACAUUGUCAUAUUGAUUGAAAACAUUUUCAUAUUGAUUGAUAACAUUGUCAUAUUGACUUAUAACUUUGUCAUAUUCAUUAAUAACAUUGUUAUAUUGAUUAAUAACUGUCAUAUUGAUAAUAACAUUGUAAUAUUGAUUGAUAACAUUGUCACAUUGAUUGAUAACAUUGUCAUAUUGACUGAUAACAUUGUUAUAUUGAUUGAUAACAUUUUAAUAUUGAUCAAUAACUAUCAUAUUGAUUGAUAACCUUGUCAUAUCGAUUGAUAACAUUGGCAUAUUGAUUGAUAACAUUAUCAUCUGUUGUCACGUGUAAUUGUUUCAGGAAAGUUUGUCAAAGAAAAUCUCGACAUAGACUGCAGGGGGAAUCCUGAUAGAGAAAAAAGUUAUUGUAAUGAUGCCACGUGGGCCAACAAAUCAUGGGGAGGUAACAAUGUACCUGGACUUAACUUGGGGUUCACUCCCCGGAAGGACACAAUCAUUAUACCAACAGGAGGGUAAGCAUCGUCUUUUAUCUCCAUUUAGUUGCCAUUCAAAGGCGUUUAAUGUUUCUAUGUGUUCCCAUUAACUAGGCAUUCAAAGGUGUUUAAUGUUUCAAUGUGUUCCCAUUAACUAGGCAUUCAAAGGUGUUUAAUGUUUCAAUGUGUUCCCAUUAACUAGGCAUUCAAAGGUGUUUAAUGUUUCAAUGUGUUCCCAUUAACUAGGCAUUCAAAGGUGUUUAAUGUUUCAAUGUGUUCCCAUUAACUAGGCAUUCAAAGGUGUUUAAUGUUUCAAUGUGUUCCCAUUAACUAGACAUUCAAAGGUGUUUAAUGUUGCUAUGUGUUCCCAUUAACUAGACAUUCAAAGGUGUUUAAUGUUUCAAUGUGUUCCCAUUAACUAAGCAUUCAAAGGUGUUUAAUGUUUCAAUGUGUUCCCAUUAACUAGACAUUCAAAGGUGUUUAAUGUUUCAAUGUGUUCCCAUUAACUAGGCAUUCAAAGGUGUUUAAUGUUUCUAUGUGUUCCCAUUAACUAGACAUUCAAAGGUGUUUAAUGUUUCUAUGUGUUCCCAUUAACUAGACAUUCAAAGGUGUUUAAUGUUUCAAUGUGUUCCCAUUAACUAGGCAUUCAAAGGUGUUAAAUGUUUCAAUGUGUUCCCAUUAACUAGACAUUCAAAGGUGUUUAAUGUUUCAAUGUGUUCCCAUUAACUAGGCAUUCAAAGGUGUUUAAUGUUUCUAUGUGUUCCCAUUAACUAGACAUUCAAAGGUGUUUAAUGUUUCAAUGUGUUCCCAUUAACUAGACAUUCAAAGGUGUUUAAUGUUUCAAUGUGUUCCCAUUAACUAGGCAUUCAAAGGUGUUUAAUGUUUCAAUGUGUUCCCAUUAACUAGGCAUUCAAAGGUGUUUAAUGUUUCAAUGUGUUCCCAUUAACUAGGCAUUCAAAGGUGUUUAAUGUUUCAAUGUGUUCCCAUUAACUAGGCAUUCAAAGGUGUUUAAUGUUUCAAUGUGUUCCCAUUAACUAGACAUUCAAAGGUGUUUAAUGUUUCAAUGUGUUCCCAUUAACUAGGCAUUCAAAGGUGUUUAAUGUUUCAAUGUGAUCUCAUUAACUAGUCAUUCAAAGGUGUUACAAUUUGAUUUGAUAAAUAAAUAAGUGGACGUUUAUUGGAGGCGUCUUAAAAUGAAAAUAAGUAUGACCCAGCAUUCUAAUAGUUACUUAUUUUUUUUAAUAAUGUGUAUCUUGUAUGAGACAUGAAAAACAUUUGCAUAUACGAGAGGACCAGGGGUGAAGAUUAUGUGUAUAGAGUUUUAAAAAAUAAUAUAAUAUCUAUUUCUUGUUAGCUUCCGAUUUUCUCCGUUUAUGAGAUGGUGGCAGGUGCCGAAAAAUCCCUUAACUGCCCUGGUCACCGCACUGCCCCCUGUACACCCCAUUGACCCUGGAUACCCACUGACCCCUGGACACCCUACUGACCCCUGGAUGCCGCACUGCCUCCUGUAUACCCCACUGCCCCCUGUAUACCCCACUGACCCCUGGACACCCCACUGCCCCCUGGACACCCCUCUGCCCCUCCACUGACCCCUGGAUAUCCCAAUGACCCAUGGAAACCCCGCUGCCUCCUGGACACCCCACUGCCCCCUGGACACCCUUCUGCCACCUGGACAAACCACUGUCUCAACCUACUUAUACUUUUGAAUAUAAAUAGCCUGCUUCAAAUAUAGGGAGUGCAUAUAAAAACAUAUUAAGGGCCCUAAUAAUUCGUCUGAAUUCAUGGACUAACAUCUUGGUCUGAAUUCAUGGACUAAAAUCUUCGUCUGAAUUCAUGGACUAAAAUCUUGGUCUGAAUUCAUGGACUAAAAUCUUGGUCUGAAUUCAUGGACUAAAAUCUUGUACUGAAUCAAUUAACGAAAAUCUUGGACUGAAUUCAUUGACUAAAAUCUUGUACUGAAUCAAUUAACGAAAAUCUUGGACUGAAUUCAUGGACUAAAAUCUUGUCCUGAAUUAAUUAAAUGAAACCUUGGACUGAAUUUAUUGACUAGAAUCUUUAACUGAAUUCAUUGACUAAAAAGUUGAGCUGAAUUCAUUGAAUAAAAUCUUGAUUUGAAUUCAUCGACUAAAAUCUUGAACUGAAUUCAGUGUCAUAAAUCUUGAACUGAAUUCAUUGUCUAAAAUCUUGAAUUGAAUUAAUUGACUAAAAUUUUGAAUUGACUUCAUCAAAUGAAAUUUUGGAUUGAAUUCUUUGUCUAAAAUCUUGAGCUGAAUUUUGGACUGAAUUAAUUGGUAAAAAUCUUGGACUGAAUUUCUUGUCUAAAAUCUUGAACCGAAUUCAUUGAUUAAAUUCUUGAACUGAAUUCAUUGACUAAAACAGUGGUCCCCAAAUGGCGGUCCAUGGACCUUCACCGGACCGCAUGCCUGACGCUGCCGGUCCCCAUAACAUAAAUAUUUAUUGUCAAAUAGAAAUAAAAGUAUAAAAAUAAAUCAUGCACCGGUCCCUGGUAAAAUUUCAAAACUUGUUCACCGGUCCGCCAAACUUAAAUAUUUGGGAACCACUGGACUAAAAUAUCGGACUGAAUUAACUGAUUCUUUCCUGAUGACGUCAUUUAUUUGCUUCUACGACAGCUACGUCGUCUUGCGGAUCAAGGCAGAUAACCCCGGCCUGUGGUUGAUGCACUGUCACAUAGAGUUACACAGCAUGGACGGGAUGAUUCUUAUGUUCAAUGAAUCGUUCGCACGUCAGCCAACACCGCCGAGUGAUCUAUUCAAGUGUGGA